AUGGCUGGCUCUUCCUCUCGUCGCUCACGCAAGCGGUCACCCACACCACCCUCGUCAUCCUCUGAAGACUCAGAAUCCUCCCAGAGUGAAGACUCUUCCCAAGAGUCUGAAGACGAGCAGGAACCAGCUGCAAAUUCGAAGAGGGGCAAAAAGGAGAAAAACAGAGGCAAGAAAGGUAACGGGCGGGGUAGGAAAAAGAAACGAUGCAUCGACAACGGCAAUGCAAAGAUCCUCGAACGUGCCAAGUGGUUUCGCCGAGGAAUCGACCUCUACGCUAACUACCAGGAAGUCUUCAACGUCGGAAUGUCGCUGGAUGGCCUUCUCGCUACCGACGACGAUGUGGACUCAGAGGGAUAUCUUGAUACGACUAAGGUGAUGACUUCACUCUGCGCUGAGUAUAACGUGGAAGACACGGUUAUACUGCGAAUGCAGAACUCUUACAAUUCUAUGUUGUCUCAUGCCCCCGGCCUCAAGAAACGUAUCCAACAGUAUAUUGAUAAAGACGAUUUUGAUCUCUUGUGGCAGUUGGUCAACGAGGGAAAGUGCAUAUAUGCGGCUGUAUGCAUGCUCGACAUUUGUGCCACUCACAUUAACCCACCUGUGGGCUGUGGGCCACAGUGGCACCGGCUGGUAUCCGAGUUCCCGGACACCACGUCCGUGCAGCUCACGCCGAACGCUGGCAAGAACGAAGACACCGAAAAAGCCAAGUCCGGAAUUGCGAGUUGGAUCGCACACGCAAAGUCGAUAUCAGCCAAUAGUACUGCAUCAAGUGGAUUGAUGCCGUUCACCUCGAACGACAAGGCGGACCGAGGCUUUAACGAUCUCGAAUAUGCUCGCUUACUAACUCCGCCAUCUUUACUCGCUGACUUUGAUGCCGAUCCUACAAAAUUCUCUGAGCGUUACGGUCCGAAUGGGGAAGAAGCACUCACGACGGAAGAAUACCCUUCAGUGUGCUAUGCUCCAAGCUCCUAUUCUCCCGGUGACCUCCUCAACGGGUUUGCCCAGUCGCCCAUCAUGGCUUGUUAUGGUGAUACCGCAUAUCAGUUUGCUCGUACCGUCCUGCUCGGGAAGUCAGCGACGUUCAAUGGAAGCCGUUCGAAGAAUGCACGGCCGUGUAUUGCGGAUAUCCACGGAGUCACCAAACUAACUGCGCCAUUCAUCUCGUACCUCAGCAUUCAGACUCGGAUUGCCAUCAGCUCGAGGAAGUUCUGCGAGAAAGACGACCUCUUUGAUUACCCCGAGAUGUACUACGAUGUCAUAGAGCUCUUCCAGACAAAAGAGCCUGUGAUCGAGAGGUGGUCCGGUCUGACUUACGAGUGGUGGAAUGUAGAAGUCUUCAAGAACAAGGAUGGCCGGGUUGUUGCAAAGCCAAAGUCGAAGCCUAGUGGAGUUCUGACCAUGCGCGAGCGGAUUUUGGUCCAAGCAGAGGCAGAGAAAUUAGCGACUACAGCACGGACAGAUCCCACUGUGCCGACAGGCUCAACGACUGGCUCUUCGACCCACGCUGGUCCACCCGCCUCAUCUGGUACUAGUUCGUCAGGUGCCACACCGCCACUGCUUGCCGCUCCGGCUAACGCUACUCAUCUACCACUUGGAGUCACGUCCGCGUCUUCAGAAUCAAACCCUUCUGCUGCAGCUGCGCCCAUCCUCUCGUCGCAAGUGUCUCGUGUUUCUUGCUCUUCUAAUCCUUCUAUGCUGGGUCCACCUUUGAUGACUUCUGUUUCUACUCGCGCAUCUGGUGCUUUGAUUUCUUUUCCUUCGUCAACUCGUUCUUCGGCUCCGACAACACCAUUCUCUCCAGCUCCGUCAUCGGCUCCCUCCUCUUCGGCUCCGCCUUCAUCAACCUCUUUGACAGCCGUAAAUACCUCGGAAACUCGCACUAUGAGACCUCCCACCGUACUCACUGACCGCCAUCCUCAAACCUCUACUACCAUCUCAGAUACCAGCUCGUCAUCUCUUCGCCGCUCGUCUCCCGAAUUUCCCCCUUCUACUUUAACUUCACCCUCACGCAAGUCUUCGCCAUUAACAGAUGCCACCUCAAGCGACAGAGGCUCACCUGGACCAUCUCGUUCUUCUGUGGAUCUCGCUAGUGGCCGUGACGGGCGGGAUGAAGAGGAACAUCCGGAAGAUGAGAGAGUGCAAAGACGGAAGCGACGGAAGGUAGCCGUGGAUGUCAGGGAGGGCAAGGAUAGGGACGAGGAAGGUGGUGUCAAGAAGCAUGCGAAGCGUGCAGAGAUAGAGGAUGUGGAGCGGAGCCCUACGAAGACGAGGAAGCGGAAGAGUAGAUCAGAUGAGGGUGAAGGGGAAGAUGACGACGACGAUGGUCAGGCGGCAGCGAAGAAGACUAAGAAUAAGACGACGAAGAACUCGAAGGCAGUUAGCUCGAGGCCACGUCUGAAACAGAAGAAGGCUUGA